GUCGCCUCCUUCCUUGCCCAUUUUCCACCCCGAACUCGAAACGGCGGAUCGGGUCAAAGGCGACGCGCGGACCUUAACCUAGGGUUUGCUCGCCCGCGGAUCGAGACGGCUAGGGCUCCCGAUCCGCCAUGAUGUCCAGGUCCUACACCAACCUGCUCGACCUCGCCGCGGGGAACUUCGCCGCGCUGGGCCCCGCCGGCGGCGGGCGGCGCCGCUCGGGCUCCUUCGGGGCGCGCCGGAUGCCGCGGGUGAUGACGGUCCCCGGCACCCUCUCGGAGCUCGACGACGAGGACGACGACCGCGCCGCCACCAGCAGCGUCGCCUCCGACGUGCCCUCCUCCGCCAUCUGCGAGCGCCUCAUCGUCGUCGCCAACCAGCUCCCCGUCGUCGCGCGCCGCCGCGCCGACGGCCGCGGCUGGGUCUUCUCCUGGGACGACGACUCGCUCCUCCUCCGCCUCCGCGACGGCGUGCCCGACGACAUGGAGGUGCUCUUCAUCGGCACGCUCCGCGCCGACGUGCCCGCCGCCGAGCAGGACGACGUCUCGCAGGCCCUCAUCGACGGCUUCCGCUGCGCGCCCGUCUUCCUCCCGCCCGACCUCUACGACCGCUUCUACCAGACCUUCUGCAAGGGCUACCUCUGGCCGCUCUUCCACUACAUGCUGCCCUUCGCCUCCGGCCCGCCGCCCAAGGACGCCCCGUCCCGCGGCGGCCGCUUCGACCGCGCCUCCUGGGAGGCCUACGUGCUCGCCAACAAGCACUUCUUCGAGAAGGUGGUCGAGGUCAUCAACCCGGAGGACGACUACGUCUGGGUCCACGACUACCACCUCAUGGCGCUGCCCACCUUCCUCCGCCGCCGCUUCAACCGCCUCCGCCUCGGCUUUUUCCUCCACAGCCCAUUCCCCUCCUCCGAGAUAUACCGCUCCCUGCCCGUCAGAGAGGAGAUCCUCAGAACCAUGCUCAACUGCGAUCUCAUCGGAUUCCACACUUUCGACUACGCCAGGCACUUCCUCUCUUGCUGCAGCAGGAUGCUCGGCAUAGAGUACCAGUCCAAGCGUGGGUACAUUGGCCUCGAUUACUUUGGCCGCACCGUCGGGAUCAAGAUCAUGCCCGUGGGGAUCCAUAUGGGCCAGCUGCAGUCGGUGCUGCGUUUACCUGAAAUGCAGAGCAAGGUCGCCGAGCUGCGGCAGCAGUUCGAGGGCAAGACCGUGUUGCUUGGUAUGGAUGACAUGGAUAUAUUCAAAGGCAUCAAUCUCAAGCUUCUUGCGUUCGAGUACAUGCUGAAGAUGCAUCCCAAGUGGCAGGGGAGGGCUGUGCUGGUGCAGAUAGUCAACCCGGCGCGUGGCAAGGGAAAGGAUAUCGACUUCAUCCGGGCUGAGAUUCAGGAUAGCUGCGACAGGAUUAACAGGGAGUUUGGCAACUCUGGGGGGUACAGCCCCAUUGUUUUCAUUGACCAGAAUGUGCCAAGCGCGGUGAAGCUUGCCUAUUACACGGUCGCUGAGUGCGUCGUGGUGACGGCUGUGAGGGACGGGAUGAAUUUGACCCCAUAUGAGUACAUUGUCUGCCGCCAGGGAUUACCUAGCUCCGAGUCCGCGCCAGAAAUCAGUGGGCCACGCAAGAGCAUGCUAGUUGUGUCCGAAUUCAUCGGGUGCUCGCCUUCGCUCAGUGGCGCCAUUCGUGUUAACCCCUGGAACACUGAAGCAACUGCAGAGUCACUGAAUGAGGCCAUCUCGAUGUCAGAGCGUGAAAAGCAGCUGAGGCAUGAGAAGCAUUACCGCUAUGUAAGCACGCAUGACGUCGCGUAUUGGUCAAGGAGCUUCAUCCAGGACCUGGAGAGGGCUUGCAAGGAUCACUUCCGGAAGCCAUGCUGGGGCAUUGGAUUGGGAUUUGGAUUCAGGGUGGUGGCCCUAGACCCAAAUUUCGCAAAACUUAGUUUCGAUUCAAUCUUAAUGUCUUAUGGGAGAUCCAAGAGCAGGGCUAUAUUUCUCGAUUAUGAUGGUACAUUGGUGCCACAGGCUUCUAUCAACCAGAGACCAAGCGAAGAAUUAGUGAGCAUCAUCAAUACCCUUUGCUCGGAUAGGAAUAAUAUUGUUUUCAUCGUUAGUGGAAGAAGCAAGGCUAGCUUGGCAUCAAUGUUCUCCUCGUGUCCAAUGCUAGGCAUCGCGGCUGAGCAUGGUUACUUUUUGAGGUGGAAUCGAGAUGAAGAGUGGCAAAUCAGUGCCCAGUCCCCAGAUGUUGGGUGGAUGCAAAUGGCGGAGCCAGUGAUGAAUCUUUAUACAGAAGCAACUGAUGGAUCCUACAUUGAAACCAAAGAAACUGCAUUGGUGUGGCACCAUCGGGAUGCUGACCAAGGCUUUGCAUCUUCUCAGGCAAAGGAGAUGCUUGAUCACCUUGAAAGUGUACUAGUAAGUGAAGCAGUUGUAGUCAAGAGCGGCCAGUUCAUUGUCGAAGUCAAACCUCAGGGUGUUAGCAAAGGUCUUGUAGCUGAGAAGAUACUCACAUCAAUGAAGGAGAAAGGGCAACAGGCAGAUUUUGUUUUAUGCAUUGGCGAUGACAGGUCAGAUGAGGAUAUGUUUGAAAACAUUGCAGAUGCCAUGAAAAGGAGCAUCGUUGCUCCGAAAACACCACUGUUUGCAUGUACUGUGGGGCAGAAACCGAGCAAAGCUAAGUUCUACCUGGACGAUACAUAUGAAGUAGUCAGUAUGCUGAGCGCACUAGCAGAAGCUUCAGAGCCAGACCCGACAGACUUGGCAGAUGACUUGGCUACAUCAGUCUCCUCAUUAGACAUUGGUGACGAACAAAUACAAUUUGGUAAUAGUAUAGAAGGAUCUUAGCCUGGGAGUGAAUCUACAUAUGAUGCUUUGACUCGCUAAAGGUUUUUUUGUUGGAUCUCUGAAGUGAUGAAACCGUGGACAAGUGACCCAUAACAGGGCAAAAAAGUAUCUUACAGGUCUUGAUUAUUGAUUUCUCGGACUCAUCAUUCAUUGUAGAGAAGAUAAUGUGUUUCUCCAGGUGGAUAAUGGGUUGCAGUCUCGAGCUGCAAUUAGGACAUGGAUUACAAUCUAGUUGAUGCACUAGCGUCACUCUGCAGUUGGUUACUGUAGUUCAUUGAGUUGCUGCAUGGAGAUUCAUAUGUGCAUAACUGACUUUUCAUGUUCCACCAUGUUUCUCAUUUUAUCUCUGAUAUUGAGGAUGUUGGUCUUAAACCUGCGAGACGCAGCUUAUGUGUUCUUGUCUAUUGACUUGGUUAAUGAAGAGAUUAUCUAGUCAAGAAAGCAAGUGGCAAUUUGUUUUUCUUGAAA